GCUCGCGAGUACUCCCCAGCCACACCUGGGCAUCCUGACGUCUUCAGCUUGCAUGUGAAAGCGCGCAUCCAGUCCGACAAGCGUUCCCACUUGCUCGAUAGCACCACCUCUCCGCCGACGCGACGAAUGAACAUGCGACUUCUGCCACCGCGGCGCUGUCAGCCGAUCACUAUCCCAAAUAGCUCAACGUCAUGAACGAAGCCUUCAGCGUCGUGUCGGGCGCGCUCUGGAGCUUCCUACUGUGCUUCUUCGACGUGGCUUUCUUUUGGCAACGAGUGCGUCAGCUUCCCUCUGCUGUUCAAAGACCGUUCCGAUUCAAUUGAUGUGUCUUCGGAUGGAAUGCUGAUAUGUUGAAGAAAUUAUACGCGUGGUGGGUGCAGAAGAGUCAGCGGGAUCUGCUACUGGAAGCUGUUAGCGAUGCGCGGUUGUUCGAGGAAUGGGAGGCUGCUGCGUACAAGCUGGAUGAGGUGCUCGACUAUGACAUGUGGCGACAGACUGCUAUAAGCAAAGACUACGACCAUCGCCUCAUCCAUCAGCGCCUCUCCGCCAUCUACGAAGCUCAAGAGGACAACGACAUCCUCGGCCUCAUAAACCUCCUUCGCAGCGGUCUCGUCCGUAAUCUCGGCAACAUAACCGCGUCAAACCUGUAUAAUCGCGCAUACGCGGGCACAAAGCUGUUGAUCGAAGACUAUGUCACCCAAGUUGCAUACGCCAUCGAGAACCUCACCCAAUAUCCUACAUCGAGAAAUUCGGACAAUGGCUUGACAAACCAGGCGAAGCUGGAUGUUCUGCAUGACACAAGGCAGGCGUUUGGCAGAUCUGUGCUGGUGCUGCAGGGUGGGCAGGUCUUUGGCAUGUGUCAUCUCGGUGUUGUGAAGGCGCUCCAUCUACGUGGAUUGCUGCCAAGAAUCAUAGCCGGCACUGCUACUGGUGCUCUGAUAGCCGCGCUGGUGGGCGUGCAUACCGAAGAUGAGCUACUGGAGUUCCUGACAGGCAACACCAUUGACCUGACAGCCUUCACCAAUCGUCCUUAUAGGAAAGGCGCCGGGGGAACUGCAUGGAUAGGCACCCUCAUACGUCGAGCUAAAAGAUGGUGGAAAGAAGGGCAUUUCUUGGAUGUCGGUGUCCUGGAAGAUGUUCUGAGGGCGAACGUGGGAGAUCUGACAUUUGAAGAAGCAUACACGAGGACGAAGAGGGUGCUGAAUAUCACCGUCACAACUACUAGUGGUGGGGGCAUACCGAACCUUCUGAACUACCUUACGGCUCCCAACGUUCUCAUCUGGUCCGCAGCGCUUGCCUCCAACGCCACGGCCUCCUCGACCCUGUACCAUCCUGUAACAAUGAUGUGCAAAGACGAAGAAGGCAACAUCGUGCCUUGGUCUCCGGCUUCGAAAACGACUUUCCGUCCAUACACCCACGCUUCAUACCGAGACCGCGAAUCGCCUCUUCAUCGCAUCGGCGAACUCUUCAACGUAAACCACUUCAUCGUCUCGCAGGCCCGACCCUACCUCGCACCUUUCCUACGCUCAGACUCACACCAUCCAAACCCCAAACAAGACGGUCGCUGGCGCCUCAGCAUGCCCAUACUGCGUCUCGUAGUCCUAGAGAUACAGCACAGACUACAACAAAUGGAUGAACUGGGUCUACUUCCCCCUUCCAUCCGUCGUUUCCUCCUAGACGAAAACAUCCCAGGCCCAAGUCUCACGCUGGUACCUGAACUCACACCAAGCGACUUCUUCAAGCUGCUUGAGAACCCUACCAAAGAGGCGAUCGACUACUGGAUACUGAAGGGAGAACGGAGUGUCUGGCCAGCAGUCACGGCACUCAAGAUUAGGUGUGCGAUUGAAGUUGAGUUGGAUAGGGGAUAUCAGCUUGUUAGGAGGAGGAAGCCAUUUGAUCCUGUUCCACCUGGGGGUACUGGGGGCUUGAAGAAGAGCGGAAGUAGAGGGGAGGUGCAGACUGGAUAUGGUUUUGAGGAUGAAAAUAGAGAGAGAAAGAAGAGGCAUAGAGCGAGGGCUGCGAGUUUUGGCGGGAAUGGAUUAUGAAGGGCAUGUAGUUGGAUCUGAAACUUUGCCGUAUAGCGGGCUACUGUAUGCCAGAUUUAUUCUGGAAGCGCCUUGGAAUCGAUGUAUGCGCCACGGGCACAAUCGGAGCAUGUCUCGCACGCUAUACUUUGGCAGGAACUGCUGUUUCCUACACGAGACAUCUUACCCACUCUCAGCCUUACCCGCUCCA